AGAGAAGAGAAGACUAUACAAAUCUCGAUUCCAACAACAUAAUAACACUAUGUCACCGCACAACCUCCACAACCACACCCCAAAAUUAAAAAAAAUUAAAAAUAAAAAAACAAAAAACCCCAAUCUCCCUCCUCUCUCCGUCCUCAUUCUCAUCUUCGUUGCUCCGGCGAAGAUUGCUGGACGGAAACCUAACGCCGGCGACAUAACAACACCGACGCCGUUACACUGUUCAACAACACCGUCAUCUCUACCAGUCGGCGCAUAGUGACGUCAUCACCAUUGCACCUUUUUCAUGUAUCAGAAGAAGAUUGCUUCGUUUUCACGGCAGCAUCUUCCUCUGAUCAAUCCUAAAAGCUUCAAGUACAGAUUCCUUUGGUAAUGCUCACGAAUUCCAGAGUAAUAAUCAAUCGGUUUAUUGAUUGAUUGGUACACUUUAUUCAUUCAUUGUGGCAACCUCAAACAAACCCUAAAGCAGGUUAUAAUAAGAUGCAAUGGAUAAUCAGAUUCUCAGCUUUUGUGUCGGCAACAAUGGUGAUGAUUGUUCUCGCUCCUUCACUCCAAUCGUUUCAUCCAGCUGAAGCUAUUAGAUCUCAUUCUCACACUUACACUCACACUCACCGGUCAUCAUCCUACCGUACGGCAGCAACAUUCCACAACGCCGCCGGAUGCAACCAGAUCACCGGCAACGCUGACGUAUGCAAUCCGUCACUAGUUCACGUUGCAAUCACUCUCGAUUUCGAAUAUCUCCGAGGCUCAAUCGCAGCCGUUCAUUCGAUAUUACAACACUCAUCGUGUCCAGAAACCAUCUUCUUUCACUUUUUAGUCUCUGAAACAAAUCUGGAAACCCUAGUCCGUACAACUUUUCCGAAAUUGAAGUUCAAAGUGUAUUAUUUCGAUCCUGAGAGAGUGCGCACGUUAAUCUCAACGUCGGUUAGACACGCGUUAGAGCAGCCGCUAAAUUACGCCAGAAAUUACUUAGCGGAUGUUUUAGAACCGUGUGUCCGGCGAGUGAUCUAUCUAGAUUCAGAUCUGGUAGUUGUUGAUGAUGUGGAAAAGCUAUGGAACACCAAAUUAUCCGAAAAAACAAUCGGAGCACCGGAAUAUUGUCACGCGAAUUUCACAAAAUACUUCACAGCAAACUUCUGGUCAAACCGGCAACACGCCGGUAUUUUUAACAACCGGAAACCGUGUUAUUUUAACACGGGUGUGAUGGUCAUUGAUGUGGAGAAAUGGAGGCGGUUCGGGUACACGAAACGGAUAGAGAAAUGGAUGGAGGUGCAGAAAACGGAGCGGAUAUAUGAGCUCGGGUCAUUACCACCGUUUCUGUUGGUGUUUGCUGGGCACGUUGCGCCUAUUGACCAUGCGUGGAACCAGCACGGGUUAGGUGGGGAUAAUGUGAAGGGGAGCUGCAGGGACCUGCACCCGGGUCCGGUGAGCUUGUUGCAUUGGAGUGGUAGUGGUAAGCCGUGGUUGCGGCUUGAUUUGAGACAACCGUGCCCGUUAGAUGCGUUAUGGGCGCCGUAUGAUUUGUAUGGUUAUAGCCGGUAAUGUUUUGUUCUAGUGAUUUUUUUUAUUUACAUUGUUUUUAUUAUCAUCUGCUUCGUUUGUUACAUUUAGUCAUUUACUGUUGUGAUUUUGUUGGGGUUUAUAGGUUUAUGUUGUCUUUGGAGUUCUGUAUUCUAUUCCAUUAUUUCUGCAUUCUGAUAAUAAAAGUGAAAAGGGAUUCAAUUA